UUGGGUAAACAUGGUGGGGAAGAUCACUCGUGUCCGCCAGAAGCUGCACCAGGAGGCGGUGAGGCUGCAGAGACCUCCGGCCGGGGACCGGGGCGCCGCGGCGGCGAGUGGCCGCCCAGGGGGCGCUCUGGCCGGGGAGCCGCGGCUAGAGGAGCCGCCGCCCGCUCCGGAGCUCCGGAGGUCGGGACCUGGUCCGGGUCCGGGUCCUGGGGAGCCGCCGCAACAGGACCAGGUCCAGGUCCGGCAGGGUUCUUCUGGUUCUUGUGAUACCGUCCAGGCCCGGCAGGGCGGCUUCCCCUCCAGGAUCUUCUCCGGUACCAAGAUCUCCCCGGAGGUUCUGGUCCAGAAACUGAUCCACCAGGAACCUGCAGAGGAGCCGCCGUCCCCCAGGAGAGGUCCGGACCAGAGGAAACUGAAGACCAAGAGGGUGAAGCUGAGUGAGAAGAGACAGAUCUGGAUGAAGAAGAUGACGUCCAUCCGGGAGUCCCGGGUGCAGCAGGCGGCGGCGGCGCGGCGUCAGGCCACGCCGGUGGUUGGAGACCUGCAGCCGCUGGCCGACGCCCUGCCGGAGCUCAGCCAGCUGCUGGGGGCCCCGGGGGGGGCCCGGGGGGCCCGCAAGAGGGGCCGCAAGGACCGCGUGCCGGAGAGGAAGCCCCCCCCCACCGACUUCAGCCAGAUGAAACGCUCCCAGAAGCAGCAGCUCUUGUGAGUGCCGCCCUCCUCUGAUCUGACCC